ACUUUUUUUCUUUUAAUUAAGAAAAGAAAACUCUCAUAUUCACAAGAGCGUUCAUUCGAGAAUUCAAAUUUCUCUGUGAACAUGGGCGAAGAAUCUGAAACCGCUUCCGCUUCCGCUUCCGCUUCAGCAGAUCUCCAUCUCCUCCACAAGAUCGCCAAGAUCCUGAACGACACUCGCACUUCGUACGCCACUCAUAACCGGAAGCUCAAGGAGCUAGCCUCCCUACGAUCCAAACUAUCUCCCUCCGGUUCCGACGACGAGUCGCCUCCUCUCCGUCGAUUCUCCUCGGUGUUUUUCAAAGCCCUAACCCCUCUUUUCGCAGCGGCGCAACGGAGAACCGCGGCAGCAGAGCGCAUCGUGCGCUUCGUGGCGGAAUUCGCUUGCCUUGGUAGCAAUUCGGAUGGUGGCGAUUCCGAUUGCGACGAGUUUCUCGAUGAGUUCCUCAGGUUUUUGAUUCCUGGCGCUGUUGCUGCGAACAGAAACGCUAGGUUCAGGGCGUGCCAGAUCAUCUCCGAGAUAAUACUGAGGCUGCCAGAUGAAGUGGAAGUGGCGGAUGAGCUGUGGGACGAUGUAAUAGACUGUAUGAUGGUGCGUGUGCGGGACAAAGUCCCUGUCAUCCGUACCUUUGCUGUCAGGUCUCUUUCACGUUUUGUGAACGAUCCUGAUAAUACUGACAUUCUUGAUUUGCUCCUUGAGGUCCUUCCUCUCGAACAGAAUCCCGAGGUACGCAAAACAAUUGUUCUAUCACUGCCUCCUUCAAAUGCGACCACCCAAGCAAUCAUCGAUUGCACCCUCGAUGUUAAUGAAUCAGUCCGCAAAGCUGCUUACUCUGUUCUCGCUAAUAAAGUUCCUCUUCAGAGUCUAAGCAUCAAGCUUAGGACAACAAUUCUGGAAAGAGGGCUUGCUGAUCGCGCUGUAAAUGUUUCAAAGGAGUGUUUGAAGCUAAUGAAAGAUCAGUGGCUGUCAAACUCUUGUCAAGGAGAUCCUAUCGAAUUUCUUAAGUACCUCGAUGUUGAAACCUAUGAAUCUGUUGCAGAAUCAGCUUUGGAGGUUCUGUUAAGUGAAGGACUGAUAAUGCCUAGCGAUGAUAAAAGCAUCCAGCAGUACAUAUCGUCAGCUGAUGGUGAAGCUAGAGAUGAGAGUACAUGUUCUACGCCCAGCAUCCAACUUAUGGAGCCGGAGAUUGCUCUUUACUGGAGGGUUAUAUGCAGGAACUUGCACAAAAGCGCUCAAGCAAAGGGUUCUGAUGCUGCUACUGCGAUGGGAGCUGAGGCGGCAGUUUACGCAGCCGAAGCUUCAGAUGCUAAUGAUUUGCUGGAAAGAAUUCUUCCUGCAUCAGUUUCUGAUUAUGUUGUUCUAGUUAAAGCUCAUAUAGAAGCUGGACCGAAUCAUCACUUUGCUUCGCGGCAACUAUUAUUGCUGGGCACAAUGCUUGAUUUCUCUGACGCUAUGCUCCACAAGACUGCAAGUUCAUUUGUCCAGGAGCUGCUCCAUAGACCUUUUGAGCAAGAAUUAGAUGAAGAUGGCAACAGUAUUGUAAUUGGAGACGGUAUAAACCUCGGUGGUGAUAAAGAUUGGGCUGAUGCAGUGUCCAAAUUAGCUAAGAAAGUCCAUUCUGCCCCUGGAGAAUAUGAACAACUUAUACUUGUUGUUGUUGAAGAACUAGCCAGACCUUGUAGGGAAAGGACUGCGGAUUUCCUGCAGUGGAUGCACAUGCUUUCUCUGACAAGUCUUCUCUUGGAAAAUGGGGAAUCUUUACAUUCACUGCGAGAGAAGGCUAUUGAACCAGAAGAGAUAUUGCAUGCUUUGUUGCUUCCAGGGGCAAAACACACUCACUUGGAUGUGCAAAGGAUUGCAAUACAGUGCCUCGGUCUGUUUGGUUUGUUAGAAAAGAAACCUAGCGAAGAGCUAGUAAGGCAGCUACGGGUAGCUUUUUGUAGAAGCCCUCCUCCGAUUAGUAUUAUGGCUUCCAAAGCACUAGUGGAUCUUGGGAUGUGGCAUAGCCCAGCCGAAGUUGAUAAGGCAAUGGGACAAGAUCUCUUGUCACAAUUUGAGGACGAGAACAUUGAUUUUGUACCUGUCGACUUGUCCAAUGCCGAAGAAGAUUUAAACUUUAAGAUGCUCGAUCUGUUGUAUGCUGGACUUGAAAGCGAGGACUGGAGAGCAUACACAGAGAGCACUGAGAAUGAGUCGGUUAAAGCAACUGUCGGGGAGGGAUUUGCGAAACUUCUUCUUCUAGGAGAGAAGUUUCCAAACUUGCCUGCCUCUUUAUAUCCUUUUGUUUUGGUCAAGCUGAUUUCAUUAUACUUCAGCGAGGAAUCAAAGGAACAACUCAGGUUCAAACAGUGUUUAUCUGUCUUCUUCGAGCACUACGCUUCCCUCUCGGAAAAGCACAAGGGAUACGUGUCAAAGGCUUUUGUGCCUCUCAUACGUUCAAUGUGGCCUGGGAUUGAUGAUGGAAACUCUAAAAACUCUUCAUACGUCGUAUCAAAUCAACGCAAGCGUGCCGUUCAAGCAUCUAGAUUUAUUGUGCAGAUGAUGCAAACCCCACUAUACAAAUCACCACACUCACUAGAAGAAUCUAUCCAGCCUCCACUAGACCGUACAGAAGAAGGGUUAGCCAUACGCAUAGUCAUCGAGAUGGUGAGCUUCAAGGCAAAGAAGACUGCAGCUGAGAAGGCAUAUGUUUUAGCACUGUGCAAAACACUCGUGCUGCUCAAUCUAAAAUCAUCAGAACAAAAUGUAAUAAGAUUGAUCAAAAAUCUUUUAAGCCGAGUCGCGGACUCUGCAUACUCAGAGAAGGACCUUCUUAAGGAAGUGAAACUGGUGCUUGAACAUCUAAAAUCUUUGGAUGAUAAUCCAAGCGAGGAGCUUUCACAAGAUGAAGCACAAGAUGAAGCAAAGUCCAUCUUCGAAUCACUAGGAGUAAAUUACGACAUGGACAUCACUGCACCUGUAACAGUACCACAGACACCUGCUCCAUGCUCAACAAGACCUGCUCCUUCAAGAAGACGAGUAAGAAGGAUUGAAGAAUCCUCUGAUGAAGAAGAUGAAGAAGAAACAUCUCCUCCACCUUCUGCUCCUAAUACUUUGAUGACCCGGUCACACAGGGCAAGUAAAACUGCUGCUUUAGCCAAAAUAAUGGCAAGCAAAGUGAAAAAGAGAGAUACAGAUGAGGUAAUUGAGGAAGAAGAAGGUUCGUCUGAUGUUACGGCAGAGGAUUCAGAUGAAUCUGAUGAAUGAGAAUAGAGGUUGUUUGUACGUCUGUUACCAAAGUAUAUUUUGGGUUUAUGUGUAUUUUGGGUAUAGCAUCAAUGCUUGUUAUGUGUUAGUUGUGUCCAAUCCGUUGCUUGUUAUGUACGAGUUUUAGUUAAGUUUGCAAAUCUCGGAUUUGUUAUGAUCGUAACUUUGAUUUUUGAACUCUC